UGUGACAGUUUCUGCGGCCGAGAACAAAAUUGCCUGGAUCUUUGGGAUGGUUGAUCAACCGUUUGAAUUAUUAUUAUUAUUCUGGCUAGAACUGGCGGUCUAAUGCAGACGGAUUUGCCCCUCUCGCUGAACAAUGCGGCCUUGCCUAAAGGAAACUAAAGUCCAAGCUAGGAAGCUGAGCUCGGGCACAUACCGUAACUUAACUUUAGGCCUGGGGAACUGGGGUCAUUCCGAUGCAUCGUCAACUCCAUCCGGAUCUUCCAAACCCUGAUCUUUAGGCAUCAGCAAUCAUGACUACCCGUUAUCGUGUCGAGUAUGCUCUCAAGUCACAUCGUCGUGACCAGCUGAUCGAGUGGAUCAAGGGUCUACUUGCGGUCCCGUUUGUGCUGCACUCGCAACCCACAGCGGUUUAUCAGGAACAUAGCGUUAAGCUGCUAGCGGUGGCCGCGGACACCCAUAAGCGCUAUGCAGAAAUCAUGCGCGAUGUCGAAAACCUUAUCAAUGACCAUAUCGCGCAUCAACAUGCAGGGACGGAGGGCAAGUCCAAGUUGAAGCUGCUUGUUCCCUCAGUCGGGACUUUCUUUACUCCCCUCCUGCUUGAAGAUGCCUUCAACUACCAGGACAAACGUCGAUUCAUUAGCAGGCGGCGCUUUGUGUCCCCUUCAUUCAAUGAUAUCCGCCUCACCCUUAAUACCGCCCAGUUAAUGGGCUUGAUUCGCGGUAGCGCCAUCGAUCUGGUCACAUUCGAUGGGGAUGUGACUCUCUACGACGAUGGUGCUUCCAUUACCGACGACAACCCAGUUGUACAUCGCAUAAUCCGUCUUCUACGGCAGGGAAAGAAGGUGGGCAUUGUGACCGCAGCAGGAUAUACUGAACCGUCGAAAUACUACGGGCGUCUGAAAGGCUUACUCGAUGCCGUUCAUCAAGAUCUUGUGAUGACAGAGGCCCAGAGGAAUGGUCUGAUCGUACUAGGCGGCGAGAGCAACUUCCUGUUCAAAUUCGACCGAUCGUCACCCGACCUUAUGACUUAUGUUCCGCAAAGCGAAUGGCUACUGGACGAGAUGAGAUCGUGGCGGGAUGAGGAUAUUACAGAGCUUCUUGACAUUGCGGAAGCAGCGCUGCGCCAGUGCGUGAGCAACUUGCAUUUACCUGCUGCUGUACUACGCAAAGAACGAGCAGUUGGUGUAUACCCUCUCGCGGGUCAUAAGAUGCACCGGGAGCAGCUGGAAGAAACGGUGCUCGUCGUCCAAAGCACUGUGGAUAGGUCGCCCGUUGGCUCAAGGCUGCCAUUUUGUGCCUUCAACGGCGGGAACGAUGUCUUUGUCGACAUCGGCGAUAAAUCGUGGGGUGUUCGCGUAUGCCAGCGUUAUUUUGGCGGCAUUGAACGUUCCAAGACACUGCAUAUCGGUGACCAGUUUCUGUCUGCUGGUUCCAAUGACUUCAAGGCGAGGCUGGCAUGUACAACGGCCUGGAUCGCGAAUCCAUCAGAGACCGUCCAGUUGCUCGACGAGAUGGCAGAGCUGGAGGAAGAAGAGGCUUACAAGAAGAAAUAGACGUACAUCGACUUUCCGAUAAUGCCAUCACACUUUCGUUCUGCGGCCCAUCCAGUCGUCACAUUUGCGGGAGCGUCAUAAUCGUUCUCCGUCUGGACCACGAGAGACUCCUAAGCUGAAUUC